AUGGUUCAGAAAGACCUGGAGCGGAAGCUGGACAUCGCUGGGACUGCCCUGGUCGGACUAUACUGGGGACAGUGCACAAACCUACUACCCGAUGGUCUACAGCUUACACGUUACAAACAUCAGCCAGCUAAUAAAGUUCGACCUGUUGAUACACUUCUCGAGAAGGUUCGGCUCCAUGGGAAUCACUUAUACUACUAUGGUCUUCCUCUCGAUACAGAAAUCAUGCUGCGCACUAUCCACCAGCAGCAAAUGCCUCUUGCGCCUACAGCCCGAUACACCAGCCCGCAGUAUGACCCAGUACAGAUUGCGAAGAAGUUUGAAGAUGCUUCUCUUGAGUCGUGGUGCCAGUUCAAGCUGUUUCGUAAGAAUUCUCGGCAUCUCGAAGAUUGGACCACGAAGUAA